UUCCAAAAACUAAAUAAAUAGGAGACUGCUUUUCAUUGAUGAAUCACAGAAAAAUUAACAAGUGAGAGAGUGUGGAGUAAAAAUGGCAUCAAAGUUUCAAACAAUAGCUAUAGUAUUUAUGCUUUUGUUUGGCAGUGUGCAUCCCCAGUUUUCCCCUCCUCCGCCUACUGUUGGAGAUUUUGCACCCCAGCCUCCUUCAGUAGUAGAAACUCCUUUGCCUGCACUGCCGCCUCCCGUCGUCCUCCUCCCCAUUUCCCCUCCGUUAGUCGCUUUUCCGCCACCCAUCCUCCCCAUUUCCCCUCCAGUAAUCGCUCUGCCACCACCCAUCCUCCCCAUUUCCCCUCCAGUAGUCGCUUUGCCACCACCUAUCCUCCCCAUUUCCCCUGCCUUACCUGUUUUACCUCCUGCGCUUCCCCCUCCGGAAGUUGCAUUACCUCCUCCUGCGCUUCCGCCUCCUGAAGUUGCAUUACCUCCUCCUGCGCUUCCGCCUCCUGAAGUUGCAUUACCUCCUCCCACGCUUCCCCCUCCUGAGGUUUCAUUAACUCCUCCCGCACUUCCCCCUCCGGAAGUCAUACUACCUCCUCCCGCACUCCCCCCUCCGGAAGUCGUGCUACCUCCUCCCGCUUUCCCUCCUCCGGAAGUGGCAUUACCUCCUCCAGCUCUCCCCCCUCCGGAAGUUGUGCUACCUCCUCCCGCUCUCCCUCCUCCUGAAAUUGUGUUACCUCCUCCCGUUAUUGCCCCUCCUGUAAUUGUGUUACCUCCUGCGCUUCCUCCUCCCAAGCGUGGUUCUCGCGCGCUUUGCAUGGCGCAAUGUGCGUUUAAGUGCGCCAGUAAGAGGUUUCCGGUCGUUGUCGCACCAUGUAUUAUCAUGUGCGCCAUACGAUGCAAGCGUUCACCCUCCUCUGCAACUACUAAUAGUUGCACGUACACUUGUGCCGACUCCAAGGUGAAGGAUUUGGGUGCAGAUGUGAGCAAACCAGAGAAUUUAAACAAAUUGGAAGCAAUUAUAGAUUCAUGCUCUGGGAAGUGCGUGAAGAAUUUUUAGACGGUUCAUAGAAAAAGUUUCUAUCCAGAUGAAAAUAUUAGGGACUAACAAGUUUUUUAGUGAAUAAGAUGGGAAACUAUGCAACUGUAAGAAGAUCAUUAUUUCUUAAUAAAGACUGCCUU